AUGAGAGUGCGGCGCGCCAGACGGUUUGAUCACUGGCAUCGCUAUUUCGCAGGGUACUUCCACGUGGCGAUCCUUGCCACGGCAAUGCUUGUCGGAGAAGCCAGUAUACUGGCUACACUCAUUGCACUCCUGCCAUUUAAAUAUCUCGAUAGGCGUUCCAUCUUGAUUGUAAUCCAGUUUAUCCAACGCCCACCCGUAUUGCAGCCUAAUCGCAUUAAGGUCGCCAUGAGAACAGGACGAGUCUUUCUGUUUUAUUUUCUGGAAGCCGUAGCAUGCAUCCUGCUCGCUGUUCUUGCAUUUUAUCGUUGGCUGAACCCGACAGGUGCCUUGUACUAUCGCAUAGAACGACAGGGUCUGAAUAGUGCAAUGAUGGCCCGCUUCACAGGAAUGUUCAGCCGUGAUCUCCCUUGUUACUGUUCUUUGCGUCGUUGUCUGUUCGCUAAUUUCAUACCCGCCCUCCGCGCUUAA